AGGACGACUCUUCCAGCUCUCUCUCUGCUUACCACAGCGCCCUCUCCUUCUCCAGCGGCAGCAACAGGGAGACUGGCAGUCAGGAGAGCCAACGGGAAAGUGGGAUUGCUCCCUAAAUCCUCCAAUCAAGUGAAGCUUUAGCUCCAAGCGACAUCCUCGCUUAGGCAGGGUAUCUUGUGUGGAAGAAAUGCUGAGUGCAGGAUAUCUAUGUCUUGGAAGGGACGUUCGAGCCUGCAUCAGUUAAGUGAGGUGGGCGAAGGAAGCAGCAGUAAUAGCCCCCAACCCUGAAGUGCGGAAAGGUGAAUGGGAAUGUUUAUUCGCUGAAGAGAUAGUUAAGAGUACGUCUUGCAAGUGUGUUGUUGCCUGAUGCAUCAUUUAUUGUGAUUAUAAAAAGAAGCUAGAAUACUGAGAGUACACAACAGCAUGGACACAGAACGGUUUCCUCCACUGCCACCACCUGAAGUUUUAGAAAAUGAAUUAACAACCGGCGUUGCUAAUGAAGAAGGAGAAGAAGAAGAGGAAGGAGAGCAGUUUGACUUCGAUAGUGGAGAUGAAAUUCCAGAAGCAGACAGACAGACUAUUGUGCCAUCUAAUUCAGAGUCUAAGAAUAAUGCAGAACAGGAAGAGAUGAGUUCUACAGGGAAUGAAAAUAUAGAUGGAACUGAUAAAAUGCAGAGAGCUGAAGGCAGUGCAGUCCUACCAAGAGUAAACCCAUACUCCGUCAUAACUAUUUCACCCAUGCAAGAAAAGGAGCCAUCGUCACCACAGCCAAGUCCACAAGAUGGAAGUAUAAGCCCUAGUGUUUCGAGUGGAUAUUCUGUUCCUGUGCCCUGUGGCUAUGCUGUGCCAUCCAAUUUACCACUGAUAUUGCCAGCAUACUCUAGUCCUGUUAUAAUACGCAGUGUGUCUGUGGAUGACGAAGCAAAUGUUCACAUAGUAGCUGAAGAUUACCAUAAUUCUCAGAGUUCAGAGGAUCCCCAAAACAGUGAAGAUAAUCAGGGGACUAAAGAUGAUAAUGCCUUGGCCAAAUGGACUGCUGAUCCUGCAAACACAGACUGGAUGGAAAAUCCAGAUGAGGUAAUAUAUGAUGAUGUGCCAAGAGAAAAUUCAGACUCUGAACCAGAGGAGAUGAUAUACGAUGAUGUUGAGAAUGGAGAUGACGGUGGAAACAGCUCUCUAGAAUAUGGGUGGAGUUCGAGUGAGUUUGAAAGCUAUGAAGAACAAAGUGACUCAGAGUGUAAAAAUGGAAUGCCCAGUUCUUUUCUGCGUGGCAACCACAGAAGACAACUUUCUCAUGACCUAACCCGUUUAAAGGAGCACUAUGAGAAAAAGAUGAAAGAUUUGAUGGCAAACACGGUGGGAGCAGUAGAGAUUCAGCAACUAAAGCAAAAACAUGAGCUGAAGAUGCAAAAGCUAAUGAGGGCAGCUAGGGAAGGCACCAAAGAUGGGCUAGAAAAAACUAAAGCUGCUGUGAAGAAAGGUCGGUCAUUCAUUAGAACAAAGUCAUUUAUUAGUCAUGAUCAUAGACCCACCUGUCUGCAAGAAGAGGAGCUAUUUAUUGAUGUAGACUGUAUGCACACAGAAGCAAUUAUGACUCCUAUGCCUGAUGGAUUAUCACAACAACAGGUGGUGAGAAGAUAUAUUUUAGGUGCUGUGGUUGACAGUGAGAAAAAUUAUGUGGAUGCUCUCAAAAGGAUUCUAGAGCAAUACGAGAAGCCUCUUUCAGAGAUGGAACCCAAAUUAUUGAGUGAGAGAAAACUAAAGAUGGUGUUUUAUCGAAUUAAGGAAAUUCUUCAGUGCCAUUCAAUGUUUCAAAUAGCAUUGGCCAGUCGUGUCUCUGAGUGGGAUUCUGUCGAAAUGAUUGGAGAUGUCUUUGUUGCUUCAUUUUCUAAAUCUAUGGUGCUAGAUGCUUACAGUGAGUAUGUAAAUAAUUUUAGCACUGCUGUGGGGAUUCUCAAGAAAACAUGUGCCACAAAGCCUUCCUUCCUUGAGUUUUUAAAGCAAUGCCAAGAAUCUAGUCCUGAUAGAAUUACACUCUAUGGCUUAAUGAUGAAACCCAUACAACGCUUUCCUCAGUUCAUCUUGCUGCUGCAGGAUAUGUUGAAGAACACUACUAAAGGCCACCCUGACAGGCUGCCUCUACAGAUGGCGCUCACAGAGCUUGAAACAUUGGCAGAGAAAUUAAAUGAAAGGAAAAGGGAUGCAGAUCAGCGCUGUGAAAUAAAACAAAUCGCAAAAGCCAUGAAUGAGCGUUAUCUGAACAAGUUACUAAGCAGUGGGAACAGGUUCCUCGUACGAACCGAUGAUAUGUUAGAAACUGUUUACAAUGACAGAGGAGAAAUUGUCAAAACCAAGGAACGACGGCUGUUCAUGUUGAAUGAUGUACUAAUGUGUGCUACUGUGAAUGUCCGUUCUUCCCAUGAAAGCAGUGGUAUUGUGACUGGUGAAAGGUACUUACUAAAAUGGAGUGUGCCUCUUGGGCAUGUAGAUGUUAUAGAGUAUGGGAGCAGUGAUGGUCAAGGCGAGAACUGCAGAUUCCCUCCACAGCAUUCAUCUGAGAAUAUUGCUCUGAAUGCCAAGCCAAAUAAGCUUUAUAUGGGACCAGGGCAUCUUUACCAUGAUUUGCAGAAUCUCUUGCAUGACUUAAAUGUAGUUGGACAAAUCAGUCAACUAAUAGGCAGUCUUAAAGGAAACUACCAGAAUUUAAAUCAAUCAGUGGCACAUGAUUGGACCUCAGGUUUGCAAAAACUCAUUUUGAAAAAAGAAGAUGAAAUCAGAGCUGCAGACCGCUGUAGAAUUCAACUUCAGCUUCCAGGAAAGCAGGACAAAUCAGGACGGCCUACUUUCUUUACAGCUGUGUUCAAUACAUUUACCCCUGCCAUCAAACAAUCUUGGAUCAACAAUUUACAAAUGGCUAAACUUGCUCUAGCUGAGGAGAAUCUGCUGGGCUGGUUCUGUAUAGAUGAUGAUGGAAAUCAGAUAAAAAAAGAGAAGCAUCCUCUCCUUGUUAAGCAUAUGCCUGUGAUGAUGGCCAAACAACAGGAGUUUAAGGUUGAAUGUGCUGCUUAUAAUCCUGAACCAUUUUCAGGUGAAGAAACUGAUCCAGAUUCCCUCUCUAUAGAGCAUGGUUUUCUGUGGAUUGGCAGUUGUACUAAUCAAAUGGGCCAGAUUGCCAUUGUAUCAUUCCAAAACUCCAGUCCAAAAGUUAUUGAAUGCUUCAAUGUGGAAUCACGGAUUCUCUGCAUGGUCUACAUUCCUGAAGAGAAGAAACGUAAAGAAUCAUAUGUGCCUCCUGAGCCUGAAGAUAUGCCUGCAAAACCCUCCAGUGUGCCUACCAUUUGCCUGGGAAUGGAAGAAGGAAGCAUCUCUGUUUACAAGAGUAGUCAAGGCUCAAAGAAGAUUCGACUUCAACACUUCUUUGCCCCUGACAAAUCUACUGUCAUGAGCCUUGCAUACAAGGCCCAUCACUUGUUUGCCGGCCUCGUCAAUGGAAACAUUGCCAUCUACACAAAGUUGGAAGAUGGAACCUGGAACGCAGAGCCUCAGAAAAUAGUGAACCUGGGUGUUCUUCCAGUAAGAAGUCUCCUUGUCAUGGAAGAAACCAUCUGGGCUGCUUCCGGUGGACAAAUUUUUAUAACUAGUACCGAGACUCAUACUGUAGAGUGUCAUUUUGAAGCUCAUCAAGAGGAAGGGAUGGUGAUUUCUCAUAUGGCUGUGGCAGGAGUUGGGAUUUGGAUUGCCUUCACAUCAGGAUCUACACUUCGCCUUUUCCACACUGAAACCCUUAAGCAUCUCCAAGAUGUGAAUGUUGCUACUCUUGUUCACAAUAUGUUGUCAGGGCAGCAACGUGUUUCUGUGACCAGUCUCCUGGUUUGUCAUGGCUUGCUAUUGGUUGGAACAAAUCUGGGAAUCAUAGUAGCACUCCCUGUUCCUCGUUUGCAGGGAAUCCCCAAAGUAACUGGAAGAGGAAUGGUCUCUUACCAUGCGCAUAAUGGCCCUGUUAAGUUCCUUGUAAUGGCCUCUGUGACCAACAAGCGAAACAAAAGCAAACGAAGGCACAGUCUGAAUCGUCCUAGUUCAGGAUUGAAAGAUGAUGACCAAAAGAAAGUUGUUCACAAUGAGAGACCUAGUUCUUCUCUAAGCAACCCAAAUGACAGUGCUGUUUGGCUGGGAGGUUCAGUAGGAUCCAUUGCUCAAAAAAGUGACUUGUCUUCAUCUUCUGGAUCUCUAACUUUGUCUCAUGGAUCAAACACAACUGAGAACAGGCCUGAAGAGAGUGCCAUCUAUGAGCUUUUGAAAGAAGUCUCUCUUAACCAGAGUAAAAAACGUAGAUCCAAAGAAGGGAAGGCAAUAUCUGUCUUAGUCAUCUCUGGAGGACAGGGACACAGAAGAGUGAACAAGAAGUCUAAGCAGCAGCGACCAGAUGAACUGGUUUCAUCUGUGAUGGUAUGGCAGAUCCCACUAUUAAAGAUCUAAAAUCAUGAUACAUGGUGACUUUGUAAAAGACAUCAGCUUUCGAUGCAAGAGUCUCAAUUCAUCACGAUGAACCUUCUUCCAAAUAGAUUUCUGGUAUCAUCUGAAAAAGUUAUGGGCUAAGUGUCAAUCUUUUGCAAAGGCCUGCUCAUAUGACUAGUUGCAUUGAAGGCAAUGGGAUCGUUUGCUUGAAUAAGAUCCUAAAGAUAUCCUAACGUGCCCCUUUCAAAACUGGGUCGAAAAUGUUUGGCUCUUAAUGGAAGCUCUGCAACAGAAAACAGGGGUUUGUUUUAAGCUUUUUUUUUUUUUACAAUUUUGCCAUUAUUUACAUUCAAGUGUUAUUGCCCAGAGAACACUAAAUGAAGGGCAAGGAUCCAAUAGCAUUCCACUGGUGGAUCUUUCUUAAUUUCUUCUUAAAAAGCAAUAUAAUACAUGUGCUGUUUAUUUCACCAAACUUUUUUAGCAAUAACUGUUUCAAUAUAGUCUACUAGCUGAAUUCCAAAGUGCAUAGAUAAAAUUUGUAACAUAUUUCCUCAAGAAAGUGUCAGACCAAAAAGAACAAAGAAAAGUAUCUUAGAUACUAAUUUAGGUUUAUAUCCUUUGAAGCAAACAGCUAAAGUUAAUGUUCAGUACUUUAAAGAUGUUGCAGAAAAUGUUGAGGCAUAAAAAUGCAUGUUUUAUACCUUUUACAUAUUAAGAGGGUGGAUUUUUGUUCUGCCUUUUUAACCAUUAGCUCAUUCCCAAUACGUAGACGGAAACUACAUGAAUGCAGACUUUAGUAGGUAGAGACAGUAGUUCAUGUUAUGGUGCUCUCUUGCUGAUAGUGCAUUCUGCUGCUGGCAGUGGAAUGUGCUCCAUUGUCUCUGUACAGCAUCUAUAUUUUGAGUAACGUUGUGGGGCAGGAAGGGGGGGAGGGACAGGUAAACAAAUGAAGCGAUCUAUAACAUUAUGAGAACGUGUUGUUUCCAUAAGAUAAUAAGAAUUCAACACUAUACAAAAAUAUCAGUGCCUGCUGGAAGUCCACAUUAUUAAUGCAAGCUUAGCCUGAAGACAAUUGAUGUGCACUUUUUCAUGACUACAAUCAACAUCCACUGCCUGAUAUAUAUGUAAAGAACCAUGCCAUCAUGUGUAUUUACAAGCAAUAGGGAUAGGAGCUCAUUUGUUUAGAUUGAGAUCCAUAACCCUGUUGUGUUUUUAUAGCAUACAUUCCAGUUCAGCCAUAACAAGACCCAUUCAUACCUGGAAUUCAGAUACAGGCAACACAGCAGCCUCCGGUGUUGCUAUGACUGUUGGGAGAGAUUGCAGCAGCUUGCAGCCAGCAACUGCAAGACCAGGGCAUGCAUCCUUGGGUUCAGGAGCCAUUACAAUGGCUCUGAAGAGCAGUAAAGCAGUGCUGGCAAUCGUUUCACAGGCCUUUGUGCCUGUGUGAUGUUUUGGAACCUAGGUGUGCCAGAGACUUGCCAGAGUUCAGCUGUAUAAUGGAAGCUGUAUAAUGCCACCCUGGGCUCCUACUGGAAGUGUGGGAUAUAAAACAAAUAAUAAAUAAAUAAAUACAUUUUGUUGACCAUACCUCUUGAGUUCUCCCAGAUAGUUUUCUUUGAGUUUGUGAAAAGAGGUACAGCAUCUCAGUAAGAGCAACCCAUUUCACAGCAUGGGAUGGGAUGCAAGGUUUGAGGGUUUAAAAGAUGUAACUUACUGUACCAGUUUAUAGUCCACUCCCUAGGUGUAUUUGAAUCACAGCAGUAAUGCUGGACCACUUGGAGCCUGAUGCUGGCCAUUCACUCCUUGACGCAGGCAGAAUUCUAGCGGGUAUGUAUCAAAGUGUAUCUAGUAGUAUGUAUCAAUGGCCAAUUACUGUAAGUGUAGAUUUAGAAUGAUAUAGUUAACAACCUUAAGAUCAUCAGAUGCAAGGCCAAGGCACCUAACUAAGUUGUUGAGAUAGGAAUGAGGGUUGAUUUUAUUUUAGCAGGGGUUGGCAGAAAGUACAUUGUGAUUUACUGCUAGAUUGCUGGAAGAUUUGGGGUAGAUCGGAAAGCAUUUCCAAGUCCCAAAUAUCUUAACAAUAGCUACAUUAGAAAAGCUUCCGCCCUUUCUUUCUUGUAUUAGACUGUUAAAAUCUUUGAUCUAUAAUAAGUUAAAUGCUAGAUUUUUUAAAAUGUUGUACAUGUAGAUGAUUGCAGUGUAGAGCUCAUGACUCCAUCCCCGAGCUCUUCUUUUGCACAUGGUUCCAGCUGAUGGACCUUGGGAAUUUUAGUAGUAAACAAAGGUAGAUCCCACAAGCAUGCAGUCUGCUCACAUGUGGCAGAUUUGAGAAUGGUUCACAGUUCUACAUGUCUGCUAAUAGCUUACCAUUUGAAUUAUUGGUACAGGGACAGAUACAUCACAGCAAAACCUGUACGCUCCAUUUCUGGACAAGGACCUAACCACAGACAAGAUGCAAGUGCCAGUAGUUCAAGCACAGUUGUUAAGGAGCAGGUUUCAGCCAUACAAGUCUUUCACUCCUGCUAUACCUGAUAGCCAAUAACAUCCAAGUGACCCCUUGUGUUCUUUACUGGAGCAAUGGGCAGAGGUCAGUAAAAAGAGCUGAGGGUAUCUGUGAAAGGUAGAAAUAUUACUUCUUCUCCCGGCUUGCCAAAUCAAUACCUUAUAAUACCCAACCAAUCCAGUCUUCCAUAUGUAUUAGAAGAACUCUUUUUAGGUUUGACUACUGCUUUUGGCUUGUACAAGGUUCUGAUACAAAUUGGACUAACACAUGGAGUGGAGCGUAAUGCAGGAAAAGCUAGUCAUUCCUAAAUCCAAUCUAUUUCAAUGGAACUUGUGUACACUUUUCUCCUUGUACCCAUUGUGUAUACCAUUCCUUUGGAAAAACCAAUGGAAUAAAUUCCACCUCCAUAAGCAAGAGUAGGAUUUACCUUCUUAUUAAUUAUGUGUAUGCCAAGGUUUCAUCUCUCAAGGAUUUUGGUUAGGUUUCCUGCUCUGAAUAGCCUUACUAACUUUACUACCAUUAAUUCAAAAAGAUGCAAAAUAUUCCCUGUUCCCAGGGGUCUUUGAACUUUUCUUUCUUGAAUACACACACAAACAUCCCCAUCCCCUGGAUGUACACGUACACACACGUACACACACACACACACACAAAAUGAAUCCACAUGGGAAAUUGCUUUUGAAAUUGAAGGAGCUUCAAAAAGAGUUUCUAAUAUGGCAGUGGCUCACCUGUUCAAAGGAGGAAAAAGUCAAAGAUUGCACUGGGCUGUUGCUCUGGAUCCCAGCCACUGAGUACUGCCAAACAGAGACUUCUACAAGUCUUUUAAGAGAUAAUUGUGCUGCUAGAUAGUACAGCAAAGAACAGCUUUAAAGUAUAAAAUUGUAUAUAGAUAAAAAUGCUUAACAAAUAGCCAAGUACAAAAUACUCUAUUUGCUUUGUAAUAUAUUGCAAACUGGUACUAUAUUGCUUCAAUGUUGGAUGCUAGCCAAUGGUAAUCUACUUCUAGGAAAUACAAACGUAUAAAUAUAAAUGUGUUGCUAGGUGGACCAGCUUUUGCUUCUGCUUCCACUUGAAAAUAUAGAAAUCCUGAGAAUAAUAGAAGGAACUACUGCAACUAUUAAAUUGCAUUAAAUAUUUUCUAACAUCUUAUGGUAUGUGUUGUAACCUGAGCCAUAAAAAAAUAUAUUUAUGCCUACAAUAAACUCAGCAAAACCUUUCAUAAAGAAAACUGUGAAUA